UAUUCUGUCAUUCGCCGCUAUCUUUGCAGUUGCUACUUAGUUGGCUGAUUUUUUUUUUUUUAAAAAAACUCCUUUUUUCGUUUGUUUGUUAAUUAAUUUAUUUAUUCAUUUAAUAGACAAUUUGUUUGUUAAUUUUGAUAAUUAACUUGGAAAUGCUCCAACUAUAUUGUUAUUGGUUUCGUUCUGGUGUUAACUUCCUCACACCUCAAUUCGCCUAGUAUAUUUUCUCUUUUGUUAUAAUGAACUUGAAAGAAUGUCUUGGCCAUUUGAAGUAAUUCUUGAUUCCUCUACCAUAUAACAAUCAUAAUACAGACAUUGGGCAACAUUUGCUUGAACUUCAUUCCUAUAAGGUGGGAUUCAGUAUGAAAUAAAUGUGGUUCGUGACACUGUUUGUUAAACUAUUUAAGCAAGAUAUUGUCCUGUGAGCUUCUAGAUUUCUGGAUUUUAUGAUGUUGAUCCUUGUCAGCAUGUCUCUGUUAUUCAUCAAAUAUGUUUUGAAAUAUCUUUUAUAUCCUUCACACUUUUCUGAAAUUUUUUCCUUAAAUAUUGAUGUGCUGAUUCUGAAAGCUUGGAACAUGUUCACAUGCCUAUCUGAUCUGAGUGCUUUCUGUUACUUAUGGUGUGUUACUUGUUGGCUAAUCUGUUUCAUAAAAAAUGCAGCAAUUCAGGAAUUAUGGCUAAGGUUUUGGCUCAGUCAAUUAAUGUCCCUGGCAUAGUAGCUGGGCAAAGGCAUGGUCAGCAGAAGGGGUCAGGAAAAUUAAAAAGAUCGGUCAAAAUGAUGAGUGCUUUACGAACAAAUGGAUUAAGAGUGCCAGGUUUUUCAGGACUUCGCACUUUUAAUCCUUUGGACACUAUGCUGAGACCUGGACUAGAUUUUCAUUCUAAGGUAUCCAUUGCAACUUCUUCACGUCGAGCAAAAGCUUCCAGAUGCAUACCCAAAGCCAUGUUUGAGCGUUUCACAGAGAAAGCAAUCAAAGUAAUUAUGCUGGCACAAGAGGAAGCAAGACGUCUUGGUCAUAAUUUUGUUGGAACAGAGCAGAUUCUAUUGGGUCUUAUUGGUGAAGGCACUGGUAUUGCCGCCAAGGUUCUGAAGUCAAUGGGAAUAAACCUUAAAGAUGCACGUGUGGAAGUGGAGAAGAUAAUUGGAAGGGGUAGUGGAUUUGUUGCUGUUGAGAUUCCGUUUACUCCCCGUGCAAAGCGUGUUUUGGAACUUUCGCUGGAGGAAGCUCGCCAACUUGGUCACAAUUAUAUUGGAUCUGAGCACCUGCUUCUGGGUCUUCUUCGAGAGGGUGAGGGUGUUGCAGCACGUGUGCUUGAAAAUCUGGGUGCUGAUCCUACUAAUAUUCGCACACAGGUUAUUCGCAUGGUGGGUGAGAGUGCUGACAGUGUUACUGCUACUGUUGGCUCAGGAAGUAGUGGCAAUAAGAUGCCAACUUUGGAGGAGUAUGGUACCAAUUUGACCAAGCUAGCAGAGGAGGGAAAAUUGGAUCCUGUUGUGGGAAGGCAGCAGCAAAUUGAACGUGUCACUCAAAUUUUAGGCCGUCGCACCAAAAAUAAUCCUUGUCUUAUUGGAGAGCCUGGUGUUGGGAAGACAGCAAUUGCUGAAGGUCUUGCUCAACGGAUUGCAAAUGGUGAUGUACCUGAAACCAUAGAGGGAAAAAAGGUUAUAACCCUUGAUAUGGGUCUGCUUGUUGCUGGAACUAAAUAUCGUGGUGAAUUUGAGGAGAGGUUGAAGAAACUGAUGGAAGAAAUCAAACAAAGUGAUGAGAUAAUACUUUUUAUUGAUGAAGUGCACACUUUGAUUGGAGCAGGAGCAGCAGAAGGGGCAAUUGAUGCUGCUAACAUACUAAAACCAGCUCUUGCAAGAGGUGAACUACAGUGUAUCGGAGCCACAACAUUGGAUGAAUACAGGAAGCACAUUGAAAAAGAUCCAGCUUUGGAGAGACGAUUCCAGCCAGUUAGAGUGCCAGAGCCAACUGUAGAUGAAACCAUACAAAUACUGAAAGGACUUAGAGAACGAUAUGAAAUUCACCACAAGCUUCGCUAUACUGAUGAGGCUCUUGUAGCUGCAGCUCAGCUAUCGUAUCAGUAUAUCAGUGAUCGAUUUUUGCCCGACAAAGCUAUAGAUUUGAUUGAUGAAGCAGGUUCACGAGUUCGGCUUCAACAUGCACAGUUACCGGAAGAAGCAAGAGAACUGGACAAGGAGGUCAGGCAGAUUGUUAAGGAGAAAGAAGAAGCUGUACGCAACCAAGACUUCGAAAAGGCUGGAGAGCUACGAGAUAGAGAAAUGGAUCUUAAGGCACAGAUCUCAACACUUGUAGAGAAAGGCAAGGAGAUGAGCAAGGCAGAGAGUGAGGCAGGGGAUGGAGGUCCUGUAGUGACUGAAGCUGAUAUACAGCAUAUUGUUUCAUCCUGGACUGGUAUUCCUGUUGAAAAAGUCUCAACAGAUGAAUCUGAUCGCCUCCUUAAGAUGGAAGAGACUUUACACAAGCGAGUCAUUGGUCAGGAUGAAGCAGUAAAAGCCAUAAGUCGCGCUAUCCGACGGGCCCGGGUUGGAUUGAAAAACCCUAAUCGACCAAUUGCCAGCUUCAUAUUUUCUGGUCCAACUGGUGUAGGGAAGUCUGAAUUGGCCAAAGCAUUGGCUGCAUACUACUUUGGCUCUGAAGAAGCCAUGAUUCGGCUUGACAUGAGUGAAUUUAUGGAAAGGCACACUGUCUCCAAACUUAUUGGUUCGCCCCCUGGAUAUGUUGGUUACACUGAAGGAGGUCAAUUGACUGAGGCAGUUCGGCGUCGUCCUUACACUGUUGUACUAUUUGAUGAGAUUGAGAAAGCCCAUCCAGAUGUAUUCAACAUGAUGCUUCAGAUCCUGGAAGAUGGAAGACUAACAGACAGUAAGGGUAGAACUGUGGAUUUCAAGAACACACUUCUUAUAAUGACAUCAAAUGUUGGAAGCAGCGUGAUUGAGAAAGGAGGCCGCCGAAUUGGUUUUGAUUUGGAUUAUGAUGAGAAGGAUAGCAGUUAUAACAGAAUCAAGAGCUUGGUGACUGAGGAGCUAAAACAAUACUUUAGGCCAGAAUUUUUAAAUAGGUUGGAUGAAAUGAUUGUUUUCAGGCAGCUAACAAAACUGGAGGUGAAGGAAAUUGCUGACAUAAUGCUCAAAGAGGUGUUUGAUAGACUGAAGAAAAAAGAUAUUGAGCUUCAAGUGACAGAAAGAUUUAGGGACAGAGUGGUUGAGGAAGGAUAUAAUCCUAGUUAUGGAGCCAGGCCACUAAGAAGAGCCAUAAUGCGGCUUUUGGAGGACAGCAUGGCUGAGAAGAUGCUUGCUAGAGAGAUCAAAGAGGGAGACUCUGUUAUAGUGGAUGUUGAUUCUGAUGGUAACGUGAUUGUGCUAAAUGGUAGCAGCGGUACGCCAGAGUCUUUACCUGAGGCUCUCCCCGUAUAAUGUGGGUACCUUUGCUAGUACAUGUUUACUUAAUUUAUUUAAACCAUAGUCUUUGUCUGUUUUUACUUGUUGAUGUUCCGAAAGCUUGUAAUUGAUCACUGGUAGGCCCAGUUAUGCUUGCCCAUACCCAAGCAAAACAGGUUGAGAAAGGGGGUGGGUAGCGGGGGGUUACCACCCUAAACUAAAGAGGGUGUGGGGGUGAGAAUGAGAGCUGUGUUUGGUAUAUACCAUGGACAGUGCAUCACUGAACUAUUCCGUUGGAAGCUGGGGUGUUUUUAUGAUUUCAAUGGUUGGACCGUGCUGUAAUAUCCCAGCGUUACUGUAAAUCAUCGUUACGGCGUAUUCAUUGCUUGAAAGUUGAAACUGCAAUGCAUGUAUUCACAAAUGCUUGCACAUUUAAUGACAGGUAACAGGGUCGGGGAAAUUAGAUCAAUUUGAAUCCGACGAUGUCACCAAAAUUUCAUUGAUACGCACUUUUUUUUGGGUCAAGAAAAAGUUACUAGCAGGGAAUGAAAGAGGUCAUUUAUUUUUCAUUUGGAGCCUGGUUGGGUUUAGGGGAGGUUGAGUUUAUUUAAUAAGUCAAUUUAAAAUUUUGAAAUUUAUUAAAUUAAAAAAA